CCCAUCCCCCCUCUGCCCCCAUCUUUCUCACGCUCCCUCUCUCUCUGUCUAUACCCAUCUCUGUAACAUCUCUCCAGAACCUAUCUGCCUGCAGGAUGAUACGACUGCUGUCUUUCUGGCUGGCUGGUUGCCUGCUGCUGCCCUCUUGCUGGGGAAAUGGGGGAAACAAUAGCCACGAGGAGAAAUAUGACUUCUCAAUACAAACACCCACUCCAGAGUACGACUACAAUGCCACGUUUGACUACGUGUUUUACACUAUCAACGGUCAAGAGUGGGACUAUGAACUUAAUUCUACAGACAUCUUCAACAAGGCUUCAGGGAUUGGUCCAUUAAGCCUUAUUGUCCUCAUGGGAUUGGCUUUUCAUCACAUGUGACUGACUGGGUGGAGCCAGGGACCAGCCAGCAACAGACCAUCUCCACAGAUCAUACGAGACAAACAAAAUGAUCUCAGACCAGAACACGAGAGAAGACGCACUGACCUGAAAUCAGCGGGACGGAACUCACAGCAGCAGAUCAAUCUGAUGACCGCAGCACCAGGAGGACCAGCCAUCAGGAGAUUGCUCUGUUUAAAGAACAUCUGGUGAAAUUAUCCUGUCAAUAAAAACCUCUUUUACAUGCUAAUGUUUAUAGGUUGUUAAGAAAUGAGACGCAACGAACAUCCAGUAUGACCACUUGAGAUAGAAAUACCUGUUAAAGUAAGUGUACAAUGCUGUGCUAGCUUCGUCAGUCACAACAGAAGCCAUAGGCGCCACCGAUGCCUUCUCAUACCCGGCUGUAUAUUUUUCUACUAUUUUCUACUGUUGUCUUCUGUAAUAAAUGAUUGCUAAAAAGACUUUCUGUGGA